AGUCAUGGUCCUCUUGAAGGAAUAAGAGACUAUGAGGUGGUCCGACCCAUCAGGCUACAUUCUCUGCAGAAAAGAGAAACACAAGUAAGUCUUCUUCUGUUAUUCCUCCCUGCACUGGAGCUGUUUUGCUGUGUAAUACUCUAUAAACACCAAUGCCAAAAUAUUAUUUGUUAACAAUUGUGUUUACUGCUUGUAAUAAAGUGGUGGAAGACCGACCAUGUUAAUGUAGUGAGGAGAUAUUAUACUGCAUCUAUGGUAUCAACUAAUUCUAAUUCUCUGUAACACUUUAUUUGGAUAGUCCAUCUGUAGAUGCUCCACAAAGUAUCUACAGUCUAUAAGUAACAUUUCAACUACCUAUCUACUAACCCUAACCUUAAACUUAACCCUUACCCUAACCCUAGCCCUAAACGUAGCAAGCUGUUGCUUAUCCACAGAUAAUUUGUUGAUAGUAGAGUAGACUAUCCAUAUAAAGUGUGACCUAAUUCUCUCCAUCAGUCAUCCAGGCCCGAAACUAUGAAGUAUGCAAUGAGAGUGAGUGGGAAAGACAUUGAGAUGCAUCUGGAGAAGAAUAGGUAUGUACUCUGACAAAAGCCUCUUUCAAUCUCUUUCUCCAAAAUGUUAACCUCUCACACAACAUCAGUAGACAGGUCACAUGCUUCUUCAUUCCCCUUAACAAGAAAGGUCCGUAUGUAGAGAACCGUCUUACCACAGUGUAAUGUUCACUUCCCCUUUAUAACCACACACUGCAUCAUUGUCAAACGUCAUUAAUGGAAUUACAGCAUGAAUUCCGUUGAAUAUAUAGGUGUCUGAGGAUAUAAUGUAAUGAAUAACUUUAUUUUUGUUCCCUCAGCGAAUUACUCACCAAAGACUAUAGUGAGACUUACUACACUGAGGAUGGCACACCAGUCACCUCCACGCCUCAGGAUGUGGUAAGGGAUUAUGACAAACCGUUGAUAGGUAGCCAAAGGCUGUGUAGAAGUGUCUUGAUUAGAAGGACCUUUAACCUUUUAAUUCAUUAUUUUCUCCAGGACCACUGCUACUACCACGGCACUAUUGUGAAUGACAGUGAGUCAACGGUUAGCAUGAGCACCUGCGAUGGACUCAGGUAGGCAGCCCCACAUUUCUACAGCAUAUACACUACCGUUCAAAAGUUUGGGGUCACUUAGAAAUGUCCUUGUUUUCGAAAGAAAAGCAAUUUUUUUGUCCAUUAAAAUAAGAUAAAAUUGAUCAGAAAUACAGUGUAGACAUUGUUAACGUCAACAGUGAAGAGGCGACUCCGGGAUGCUGACCUUCUAGGCAGAGCUGCAAAGAAAAAGCCAUAUCUCAGACUGCCAAUCUUAAUCUUUUCUUUUUAUUGGCCAUUCUGAGAUAUGGCCUUUUCUUUGCAACUCUGCCUAGAAGGUCAGCAUCCCGGUCAUUUUGAGCCUGUAAUCGAAUCCACAAUUGCUGAUGCUCCAGAUACUCAACUAGUCUCAAGAAGGCCAGUUUUAUUGCUUCUUUAAUCAGCACAACAGAUUUCAGCUGUGCUAACAUAAUUGCAAAAGGGUUUUCUAAUGAUCAAUUAGCCUUUUAAAAUGAUAAACUUGGAUUAGCAAACACAACGUGUCAUUGGAACACAGGACUGAUGGUUGCUGAUAAUGGGCCUCUGUACGCCUAUGUAGAUAUUCCAUUAAAAAUGUGCCGUUUCCAGCUACAAUAGCCAUUUACAACAUUAACAAUGUCUACACUGUAUUUCUGAACAAUUUGAUUAUUUUUUAUUUUAAUUGACAAAUAAUUUGCUUUUCUUUCGAAAACAAGGACAUUUCUAAGUGACCCCAAACUUUUGAACGGGAGUGUAAGUCCACAGUGAAACACUACCCCAAAUCAGUUGUGUAAUGUCUAUUAUAUGUUUUUAUAUUAGGGGAUAUUUCAGAACAGCUGCCCAAAGGUACCUGAUUGAGCCCCUGUCAGGGGGGGAUGAUGGCGAUCACGCAGUGAUGAAAUAUGAGGACCAGAGCUCCAAGCCUAUGGUGUGUGGAGUCACCAAUACUAGCUGGAAUGCAGACUACCCUCCCAUAACUAGCAGGAGCCGCUCUCGAGCCUCAGUAAGACAUACAAUCUAUUAAUAUAUUUGAAAUGUCCCAAUAAAUAUAGUCUGAUGUGGUAUCUGACAUCAAACAGAAAUAGCAGAACAUUUCCCUAACAGGAAAUGAGGUGUUCUGAUGAAGGCCAUAGAUGGCUGAAAGGUCAACCUUUUUAACUUUGCUUGAAUAAAACAUUGAGUUUUUAAUGGUGAGCGAGUGUUGCACCUUUUCCUUUUCAAUGAUGAUCAAAUGUAACCAUAUAUAUAACCACAAUGAUUUCCUGUUUAUUAGGGUCCAUCUCUACUUCAACAGCAAAAGUAUGUUGAGCUCAUCCUCGUUGCAGACAACCGUGAGGUAAGAACUUGCAGACAAAUACGCCAGAAACACAAGUCCCACCUUUACCAGAAUCAACACAAUUGUCACGUUCGUUCAUCGACGGGUCAGACCAAGGCGCAGCGUGAUAUGCAUACAUGUUUAUUUGAAACGAAUAAACAACGACAAAACAACAACCUAAACGAAACGUGAAUCCAAGGUACACAAACAACAUACCUCACAACGGAACAAGAUCCCACAACCCACUAGUGCCAAUAGGCUGUUUAAGUAUGGUCCCCAAUCAGAGAACGAGCGACAGCUGCCUCUGAUUGGGAACCACACCGGCCAACAUAGAAAUGACUCUAGUUUGGCUUGUUUGUGUUUAGCCUGUGUUGAGCUUCACGUUACGUUCACUCCAGCCACCCUAGUCAUAGACUGUUCUCUCUGCUACCGCACGGCAAGCGGUACCGGAGUGCCAAGUCUAGGUCCAAAAUACUUCUCAACAGCUUCUACCCCCAAGCCAUAAGACUCCUGAACAGCUAAUCAUGGCUACCCGAACUAUUUGCACUGCCCCCCCACCCCAUUCUUUUUACGCUGCUGCUACUCUGUUAAGUAUUUAUGCAUAGUCACUUUAACUCUACCCACAUGUACAUAUUACCUCAACUACCUCAACUAGCCGGUGCCCCCGCACAUUGACUCUGCAACGGUACCCCCCUGUAUAUAUAGCCUCCCUACUGUCACUUUAUUUUACUUCUGCUCUUUUUUUCUCAACACUUUUUUUGUUGUUGUUUUAUUCUUACUUUUUUUGUUUAAAAUAAAUGCACUGUUGGUUAAGGGCUGUAAGUAAGCAUUUCACUGUAAUGUCUGCACCUGUUGUAUUCGGCGCAUGUGACCAAUACAAUUUGAUUUGAUUUGAUUUGAUUUGUUGUGAGUGUUUAUUCGUUAAUAAACAUGUAUGCAUUCCACGCACUGCGCCUUGGUCUGACCCGUCUCUCAACGUUCGUGACAAUUUCAAUUGACUGAUUUCCUUAGAUGAACUGUAACUCAGUAAAAUCUUAGAAAUUGUUGCAUGUUGCGUUUAUAUUUUUGUUCAGUAUACAGUAUCUAAUGAGUCAGUAGUGAGUAAUGCAUUGAGAAACAGGAUGUCCGCUGUUCUCUUGUAAGCACACUAAAACAUGAUGCUGUUUCAGUACAAGAACAUGAAGAGUAACUUCGGAGAACUGCGUAAGAGGAUGUUUGAAGUGGUCAACUUUGUCAACAUGGUGAGUCAAUAACUGCAAGGGGGUAGUAUUAGCAAACUGCAGUAAAUCCCCUAUAAGAUCCGCAACAGGACCUACAGUAGGUGCUUUUAGCAACGCAGGUGUAUUUACAUACACUAGAGAUGCUUUCAAUUGUAUUGGGUUGCACAAAUACAGUCCAUGGGAAGCCAGAAGUUAAAUACAAUUCCAUUCCAACUCACUGAACAGCUCAGGAAGGUUGGUCAUUAUGAUGGGGGGAAUUUGAGACAAAUUCAAAUGUCAAAAUAAAAGUCCCACACAAGUUUUUAAUUUUAUUCCACAUAUGGCACACGUGCAGGACUUUUAUUUUGACAUUUGAAUUUGUAUUUGUAUUUAUUAGGGAUCCCCAUUUUUGUAUCUUUGUAUCUGUCCCAUUAUGGCGUCUGUGACAGGACGGGCAGCGCCAUUGAGGCAAUCUCCAUUUUGAAGAAGUCAAUUUUCUUCUACUACUAUUUGUAUUUGUUUUUAUUAGGGAUCCCCAUUAGUUCCUGCCAAGGCAGCAGCUACUCUUCCUACGGUCCAAGCACACAUGUAUUUGUAUUUGUAUUUAUUAUGGAUCCCCAUUAGUUCCUGCCAAGGCAGCAGCUACUCUUCCUGGGGUCCAAACAUAUUAAAACAUAUGACAUUAGUACACCACUACCUAUCUACAAUACAAAAGGUUUAAUACCACCAUACAACAAUAUCACAAUGUGUGUGUAUGCAUGUGUCUAUACCAUUGUGUGUGUCUCUUCACAGUCCCCAUUAUUCCAUAAGGUGUAUUUUUACCUGUUUUUUAAAAUCUGAUUCUACUGCUUGCAUUAGUUACCUGAUGUGGAAUAGAGUUCCAUGUAGUCUUGGCUCUAUGUAGUACUGUGCGCCUCCCAUAGUCUGUUCUGGACUUGGGGACUGUGAAGAGACCUCUGGUGGCAUGUCUUGUGGGGUAUGCAUGGGUGUCCGACAGACAGACAGCUCGGUACAUUCAGCUUGUCGACACCUCUUACAAAAACAAGCAGUGAUGAAGUCAAUCUCUCUUCCACUCUGAGCCAGGAGAGAUUGACAUGCAUGUCAUUAAUGUUAGCUCUCCGAGGUAAGUAGAGAGAAAAUGGGUCUACAACAGAUCCACGUUUGGAUAGUCUGUUUAAUAAUACAAUCCUUUAGUCCUGCCCACCGGCACAGUAAGUUGAAAUGGAAUUGUAUUUAACUUCUGGCUUCCCAUGGACUGUUUUUGUGCAACCCAAUACAAUUGAAAGCAAAACUAGUGUAUGUAAAUAGACCCGAAUAGCUAAAAGCACCCUGCUGUCCGGUAACCCAAUACCACCAACACCUCCAUGUAAAAAGAAAAUCUCACCUUUUUGUCUUCUGCCUGUACUUGUACAGUACGUUUUCUUCACUGCCUUAUGAUGUCAUUCAACUGAAAUCUCACUAUAUUUUAUCCCUAUCAGUCAUGAGACCCCAGUAAAAACGCCUUUUUAUUUAUCUGACCUUUUAUUUAUCUGCAUGUCCAGCCCUUAUAUUUAGCUUCACAAUUAAGUGUUUAACCAUUUUCUUUUCAGGACAACCAGGGCUACAAGUAGAACACAAAACAAUUUAACAAAAACAGUUGCAUUCAUGAGUUUUAUUGUCAAAAAUAAAUAAAAAGGUCAGCCAAAGCAAACACCUGAUAAAAAUGAAUUUAUAUAAAUGUUGUAAGUAUAGAAAUUGUUUGCUCAGUGGGAAAUUAAUAUCCAACUAGACAACAUUAAAAAGGCUUACAGUGAGGGAAAAAAGUAUUUGAUCCCCUGCUGAUUUUGUACGUUUGCCCACUGACAAAGAAAUGAUCAGUCUAUAAUUUUAAUGGUAGGUUUAUUUGAACAGUGAGAGACAGAAUAACAACAACAAAAUCCAGAAAAACGCAUGUAAAAAAUGUUAUGUAUUGAUUUGCAUUUUAAUGAGGGAAAUAAGUAUUUGACCCCCUCUCAAUCAGAAAGAUUUCUGUCUCCCAGGUAUCUUUUAUACAGGUAAUGAGCUGAAAUUAGGAGCACACUCUUAAAGGGAGUGCUCCUAAUCUCAGUUUGUUACCUGUAUAAAAGACACCUGUCCACAAAAGCAAUCAAUCAAUCAGAUUCCAAACUCUCCACCAUGGCCAAGACCAAAGAGCUCUCCAAGGAUGUCAGGUACAAGAUUGUAGACCUACACAAGGCUGGAAUGAGCUACAAGACCAUCGCCAAGCAGCUUGGUGAGAAGGUGAAAACAGUUGGUGCGAUUAUUCGCAAAUGGAAGAAACACAAAAUAACUGUCAAUCUCCCUCGGCCUGGGGCUCCAUGCAAGAUCUCACCUCGUGGAGUUGCAUUGAUCUUGAGAACGGUGAGGAAUCAGCUCAGAACUACACGGGAGGAUCUUGUCAAUGAUCUCAAGGCAGCUGGGACCAUAGUCACCAAGAAAACAAUUGGUAACACACUACGCCGUGAAGGACUGAAAUCCUGCAGCGCCCGCAAGGUCCCCCUGCUCAAGAAAGCACAUAUACAGGCCCGUCUGAAGUUUGCCAAUGAACAUCUGAAUGAUUCAGAGGAGAACUGGGUCUAUAAUUUAAAAAAAAAUGUAAAUGUAAACUGGGUGAAAGUGUUGUGGUCAGAUGAGACCAAAAUCGAGCUCUUUGGCAUCAACUCAACUCGCCAUGUUUGGAGGAGGAGGAAUGCUGCCUAUGACCCCAAGAACACCAUCCCCACCGUCAAACAUGGAGGUGGAAACAUUAUGCUUUGGUGGUGUUUUUCUGCUAAGGGGACAGGACAACUUCAAUGCAUCAAAUGGACGAUGGACGGGGCCAUGUACCGUCAAAUCUUGGGUGAGAACCUCCUUCCCUCAGCCAGGGCAUUGAUAAUGGGUCGUGGAUGGGUAUUCCAGCAUGACAAUGACCCAAAACACACGGCCAAGGCAACAAAGGAGUGGCUCAAGAAGAAGCACAUUAAGGUCCUGGAGUGCCCUAGCCAGUCUCCAGACCUUAAUCCCAUAGAAAAUCUGUGGAGGGAGCUGAAGGUUCGAGUUGCCAAACGUCAGCCUCGAAACCUUAAUGACUUGGAGAAGAUCUGCAAAGAGGAGUGGAACAAAAUCCCUCCUGAGAUGUGUGCAAACCUGGUGGCCAACUACAAGAAACGUCUGACCUCUGUGAUUGCCAACAAGGGUUUUGCCACCAAGUACUAAGUCAUGUUUUGCAAAGGGGUCAAAUACUUUAUUCCCUCAUUAAAAUGCAAAUCAAUUUAUAACAUUUUUGACAUGCGUUUUUCUGGAUUUUCUUGUUGUUAUUCUGUCUCUCACUGUUCAAAUAAACCUACCAUUAAAAUGAUAGACUGAUCAUGUCUUUGUCAUAGACUGAUCAUGUCUUUGUCAGUGGGCAAACGUACAAAAUCAGCAGGGGAUCAAUUACUUUUUUCCCUCACUGUAUUUAUAUAAUGAAUAUGAAUUCGGAUGACAGAAAUUAUUAAAUAUUAAAGCAUUAGACCUAUCACUAAAAGCUUCAGUCAUACAAAAGUUAUACUUAAAUCCGAACUGGUUCUCUAGCAAAUUAGUAAGAUUGUCUCACCCAAUGUUCAAGAAUGGCCUUUUUCCCUUUAUUCAGAUUACAACCUCUCACUUUCAGUUAUUUGAAAAGGAAAUAAUCUCCCAAAUAUCACUAUUUCUAAAACAAGCCAUAGAAAGUUGGUUGCAAUUUCAAUUUAAUCCUCCAGAAACGACAGAACAAAUAAUGCAACAAAUAUUGUGGUUAAACUCAAAUUGAUAAAAACACUUUUAUUUUUGACAAAAUGUUUAAAAAAGGUAUAAUAUUCGUACCCGGGCCCCACCCCCUUGUUUUACAAACACCACUCUAGCUCAGCCCCCGUUAAUCACCCUGACUAAUUGGUUGCAGAAGAAAUAGACGAAUCCAAUCGUACAACCCAGAAGUCUGUAGCUCAAAUACAGCGUUUUAAAGGGGUUAGAACUCCAAAACAUGCAGGCGUCAUGGGCCGGUUGCUAGGGCCGGUUUCCAGGACACAGAUUAAGCCUAGACAAAAAGGACAAAAAAGUAAACUCAACGGAGAAUCUAUCUACAUUUGUUUUAGUCCAGGACUAUGUUUAUUCUGUGUCCGGGUAAUCUACCCCUAAUUGUUUUAAUGGGGAGAGUCUCAACUCACCAUGCAAUUAAUCUGCCUGCAGGUAUACAAGCCCCUCAACACCUUCAUUGCCUUGGUUGGUCUGGAGGUGUGGUCAGACAGCGAUAAGAUAUCAGUGACUGCCCCUGCUGGUGCCACCCUGGAUGCCUUUACCAAAUGGAGGAACAGCGACCUGGCCAACACCAAGCACCAUGACAACGCACACCUCAUCAGGUAGGCCACGACGUACACAAUUUAUCAGGAAGGCCCCAACGCACACUUCAUCAGGUAGAGCCCAACACACACCUCAUUAGUUAGGCCCCAACACAAGGCUCAUCAGGUAGGCCUGGACAAACACACCUUCAUGUGGGCCACAAUGCACACUUCAUCAGGUAGCCCACAACGCACACUUAAUCAUCUAACUCUGCGUUGCUUUGUGCAUAACAGCCCUUAGCCGUGGUAUAUUGGCCAUAUACCACACCUCCUCUGGCCUUAUUGCUUGGUCUGGAACGUUGUUAUUCUUGAUAGACCCAUAUUUAAGAAUUCAUAACAUGGGUAUUUGACAAGUAUGGGUACUUGACAUGUAUACGUAUGUGGGGUUGAUAUGUUUCUUGUUCCCUGUGUUUCAGUGGCAUUGACUUUGAGGGAUCGACGGUGGGUCUGGCCUUCAUUGGGACUCUAUGUUCAGGUCAUUCAGCUGGGGUGGUGCAGGUAAUUAUUUGAAUGUGGUAAUAGUACAUUAUUUGCAUGAGGUGCAUUUUAAUACAGUUGAACAGUAACUCAUAUUCUAUAUCAAUGUAAUCUCUAACUUAUGCAUCCAGAUCAGUUUCACUGAUAUAAAAUCUCUUUUACAAAAUAAAUAUGGUCCAACACAUUCAGGUUUACUGAAUGUUAACUAUGUGUUUUACUACAGGAUCAUAACCCCAGGGCCAUUGCCGUAGGGGCGACAUUAGCCCACGAGAUGGGCCACAACCUGGGCAUGAACCACGAUGACUCCAGUGCCUGUGCUUGUUCUGGGAAUAGCUGUAUAAUGGCUGGGGCCCUCAGGUAAGGACUGGUUUAAGUUUUGAGAUAUAAUCUUGUGACUAGAUUUGAAUGGUGUCAAUGAUAAACCAUCUGAUUGAUUGUGUUUUACAAGGAAGAGGGAACCUGUAUUAAAGAACACUUCAGGCAUUGUUCUCAGCCCGUAACACACACAGAGCAGCCAUAUUGCAAAAACAUUGACAUGGAACAUAGCUCAUGAGACUAUGUAGCAAUAGCAAAGUGGUGUGUUACUGUGGUUAUAUUAUAUGAAAACGUAGCCUAUUUGGCUAACUAAAGUGUUUCUUUCAGCUGGGAUAUCCCAAAGUCAUUCAGUAGCUGCAGUAGUGUAAACUACGACCAGUUCCUGAAUAAUCGUAACCCUGAGUGCCUGCUGGACAAGCCAGACUACCGGAAUGUGGAAUCGACCCCAGUGUGUGGCAAUGGCUUCCAGGAGAAAGGAGAGCAGUGUGAUUGUGGCUCACUGGAGGUGAAUGCACCUUUCAUUUACAUUCCUUACACCACCUUUUUGUAUAUUUUCUCUCAUUAUCCUAGAUCAACAAUGCACCGGUCAAAUCAUACAAAAGUAUUUUGGUUCUCAUGGAGUUAAUACAAGGAUGACAAGUGAUUACAAAAUAUAUAUAAUUUUUUAAAAUCAAAGCUAGCUUUUACUAAAAUGUUAACAUUAAUCUAUGACCGCAUCUGAUCAAAUGUAGAGUACAUUUAUUUUUCAACAGGACAGAUAAAGACAAACAUUUCUGGGAAUACGUUUGACGCUUUGUCUGGUCUUGCCUGCUUUCCUUGGCUAGGGGCAAACAUAAGGAAUGUACAUGACAAGCACAGACCUUGCCCGAUCACUGAUAUAUCUCCUCCACCGCCCACCUCAGAAAAACCUAUGUAAUUUUUCCAACAAUUGUUUACAGACAGACUAUUUCACUUAUAAUUCACUGUAUCACAAUUCCAGUGGGUCAGAAGUUUACAUACACUAAGUUGACUGUGCCUUUAAACAGCUUGGACAAUUCCAGAAAAUUAUGUCAUGGCUUUAAAAGCUUCUGAUAGGCUAAUUGACAUCAUUUGAGUCAAUUGGAGGGGUACCUGUGGAUGUAUUUCAAGGCCUACCUUCAAACUCAGUGCCUCUUUGCUUGACAUCAUGGGAAAAUCAAAAGAAAUCAGCCAAGACCUCAGAAAAGAAAUUGUAGACCUCCACAAGUCUGGUUCAUCCUUGGGAGCAAUUUCCAAACGCCUGAAGGUACGACGCUCAUCUGUACAAACAAUAGUACGCAAGUAUAAACAUCAUGGGACCACGCAGCCGUCAUACCGCUCAGGAAGGAAACGCGCUCUGUCUCUUAGAGAUGAAUGUACUUUGGUGCGAAAAGUGCAAAUCAAUCCCAGAACAACAGCAAAGGACCUUGUGAAGAUGCUGGAGGAAACAGGUAUAAAUGUAUCUAUAUCCACAGUAGAACAAGUCCUAUAUCGACAAAACCUGAAAGGCCGCUCAGCAAGGAAGAAGCCACUGCUCCAAAACCGCCAUAAAAAAGCCAGACUACGGUUUGCAACUGCACAUGGGGACAAAUAUUGUACUUUUUGGAGAAAUGUCCUCUGGUAUGAUGAAACAAAAAUAGAACUGUUUGGCCAUAAUGACCAUCGUUAUGUUUGGAGGAGAAAGGGGGUGCUUGCAAGCCAAAGAACACCAUCCCAACCGUGAAGCACGGGGGUGGCAGCAUCAUGCUGUCGGGGUGCUUUGCUGCAGGAGGGACUGGUGCACUUCACAAAAUAGAUGGCAUCAUGAGGAAGGAUAUUGAAGCAACAUCUCAAGACAUCAGUCAGGACGUUAAAGCUUGGUCGCAAAUGGGUCUUCCAAAUGGACAAUGACCCCAAGCAUACUUCCAAAGUUGUGUUAAAAUGGCUUAAGGACAACAAAGUCAAGGUAUUGGAGUGGCCAUCACAAAGCCCUGACCUCAAUCCUAUAGAAAAUUUGUGGGCAGAACUGAAAAAGCGUGUGCGAGCAAGGAGACCUACAAACCUGUCUCAGUUACACCAGCUCUGUCAGGAGGAAUGGGCCAAAAUUCACCCAACUUAUUGUGGGAUGCUUGUGGAAGGCUACCCGAAAUGUUUGACCCAAGUUAAAUAAUUUAAAGGCAAUGCUACCAAAUACUAAUUGAGUGUAUGUAAACUUUUGACCCACUGGGAAUGUGAUGAAAGAAAUAAAAGCUGAAAUAAAUCAUUCUCUCUACUAUUAUUCUGACAUUUCACAUUCUUAAAAUAAAGUGGUGAUCCUAACUGACCUAAGACAGGGAAUUUUUACUAGGAUUAAAUGUCAGGAAUUGUGAAAAACUGAGUUAAUGUAUUUGGCUAAGGUGUAUGUAAACUUCCGACUUCAACUGUACAUGUCCAUGCAUAGUAUGAUAGCCAUGCCUAUAUGGUAAGCAGGUAUAAGACGCUUUGAUUAUAAUUAUCCACAGUUUACAUUCCAGUAAGAGUUGGAGUUAGUUAAGCAGAGCAGUUUAGUUAAGCAGAGCAGUUUAGUUAAGCAGAGCAGUUUAGUUAAGCAGAGCAGUUUAGUCAAGUCAAUAUGUCCAGACCUGUUAGUCAGGCUGAUAAGACACAAUCUUAUUAUGUUCCUGUCUUGCUGAACCACUCCUCUCUUGUCAAGUCUUGUUUGCUUCAGAUGCCUGUAAUUCCAGUUUCUCUUGACGGCCUACUACAGUUCAAUGUUUGUUUUACUUAGUAUGUCUUACUGUGGUGUAAUACACUAAGGGGUAAAUAUGUAGUGGGAAACCGCUUAGUAUCUAGUCCAAGUCUACACAUACACAGAGGCUUGACUAUUUUGAGAUACAGUAUUUACAUACUGAUCUCUUUAAAUCAUUAUCAUAAUGACAUGUAUGGUUUGAUGUUGUUAUAGGAGUGUACAAACCCAUGCUGUAAUGCCACCAGCUGCACACUGACUAAGGGCUCAGAGUGUGCUGCAGGAGCGUGCUGUGAAGACUGUAAGGUGAGAGCAGACCACAGUUCAACCAUGCCUCUGCUCUGGGAGGAUCUCAAUUGCAUACUCCUCUCUCCUCAUCUCCUUCUUAAUAAAACCCAUUGGAUGAGAAAGCCAGAGGUCCCUCCCCUCUGAUCUUCUCCUACAAUGUGUUUUGAGAAAGAGACAAGGAGUUUGCAAUUGAGAUGUUCCCUCUGUCUGCUCUUUACUUCCUUCUGUGUUCCUUUGAUACUAAAGCCUUCUUGUGGACAUGCAGCAGACACGGAUAACUAUGUCAAAGAUUGUUUGACUCAAAUGUAUAAGUACAUUCAAGACAUUUCACUUUCAUUCUUUCAUUUUAUGAAACUUAAAAAGUAAAGGAAUUACUGGAAGGAGAAUAUUUUCCAUAUCAUCACACUAGAACAAAUGCCAUAGUCUUGAAUACUUAUUGUUUAGAACUAGUCUGGCAAAAGCAGCUCGCUGUGUCCCAAGUGGAUCUGCAUGUCAGCCAGGCUAGUUUAGAACUUCUAUUUCAGCAAACAGAGUAGAUUCAGAGUGAAGUUGCAGCAUGACACCUCUUUCACCAACCUAAUAAACUAUGUUGCCAUACUCAUGGCGGUCGGCUGUGGGAAGACUAUCAAGCUAGUGAUACUAAACAUGGCAACAACAACUCUCUCCACAGAUCCUGUCCUCGUCCAGAGUGUGCAGAAUGAAGCAUGAUGACUGUGACUUGGCAGAGUACUGCACAGGGAAAUCAGCCGACUGUCCCGAGGACGUCUUCACCGUUAAUGGGAUUCCCUGUGAUGGAGGACGGGGCUACUGCAACAAUGGCCAGUGUCCACAGCACCACGACCAGUGUGUGAAAAUGUAUGGACCGUGUAAGUGAAAGCAUUUCCUUCUGUCUCAUCAUCACUGAGGCACCUUUCAUCUGUUUAGGUGAUGUAGGUAGCUCUUCUGGUUCAUAUUCUCACACAGCAACCUUACAGUAUAACUGUGGACACAGAGGACACAAACGGUAACUUCACUACUACUCUAAGGCAUUGUGUAACAUUGGGUGUUAUCGCCUCCUCAGCUGCUGAAAACGCCAGAAUGUACUGCUAUGACCAGAACACCAGAGGACUGUACUACGCCUACUGUAGACGGCCUUCAAAGGACCAGUACAUCCCCUGCCAGAGACAGUGAGUCUCGACAAGCAAUACCAUGCUAUUUUAAGAAACAGUUUUUCCUACUCAGAUUAUAGUGUUCGUUUUUGAAGCAGUGUGUCACUGAUAUGAUUUCCCUGUGGUUCUCCUCUGUAGAGAUGUGCAGUGUGGGAAACUCUUCUGCAAGAACGGCAACGACAACCCCAACUACGGUCGCAUGGUGAUGUUCUCUGACUGCAAAGCCUCAUUCUACGAGGAUUACAACAGUGAUCUUGGACAGGUGGACACUGGAACCAAGUGUAAUGAUGGGAAGGUAUAGUGACUUUUUGGCUUUUCACGAGGCUUCUGUACCUCUAGCUGUGUUUUGGGGAAAUGAAAUGAGAUGUCAGAUUUAAUGUGUACAGUGUUAUUUUCUCUUAACCCUUAUUCCCAUUUCCCUGUCUUCUAUUCUAAGGUGUGCAGCCAGAACGAAUGUGUGGAUCUUGAGACAGCCUACGGACCUAAAGUCACCAACUGCUCAGCACGAUGUAAAGGACAUGCUGUGAGUACAGUGCUUCAAGCGGCCUCCGUCUCUGGUAUUUGUGAGCUUGGGGAUGACUUACUUGGUCUCUGGCUCUUAUAAGGAGCAUAAGCCAUUGACAAAUGUCCUCCAUCUCACUGGGUUUGGUGCAGAUCUUUCCAGGUCACAGCACUUGAGGACGUUCUCUUUCAUCUCUGACUGGACUUUUCUCCUCCCCGUAAAAUAGAAUUGUAGAAAAUCCAUUGAAAAUGUCCUUAUAAUAAUGUGUGUGUUUCUGUGUUGUGCCACUACAGGUGUGUAAUCACAAAAUGGAGUGCCAGUGUGAGCCAGGAUGGUUACCUCCCGGCUGUGAUACAAAGGAUCAAAACUUCAGCGGUCUCUCCAGAGGUAGGCCCUGUCCUGUGCAUAAAGACAUCCAGAUUUUUUAAAUAACAAAAUAAAAAAAAUGGUUUCAAUGGAUAAAAGGGAUAAGACUUUAUAUGUCAAUACAAUGUUACUAGAGUGUUACAGUGUUACUACACAGGUAUUUGAGCAUCUUCAUGUAAAGUGUUGCCAAUAGGUUUGGUCUGUGCUUUCAUGUAUUCAGCUCAUAGACCUUGCCAUAACAGUCUUCCUCUCUGUGUGAUUGUAGAAGGAGUGAUUGCCAUUGCAGUGACAGUCACUCUGCUGCUCCUGGCUGCUAUUGCUGGGGCAGUGGCUGUGUUCCUUAAGAAGAGACAACAGUCCCCCACUCUCCCUAGGUGAGUACACUAGGUGGACCUUACAUUUACAUUUAGUCAUUUAGCAGACGCUCUUAUCCAGAGCUACUUACAGUUAGUGAGUGCAUACAUUUUUCAUACUAAACCAUUUAAAUAAACAUUUAUACAUAGGCUUAGUGCCCAAACACAUACACUAUUCACUGCAACAAGAUUAUCCUUUUGAUGAAUUGAGAUCUACUCAAUUGCCAGGUCUCCCUUGUAAGAGAGGUCUUCCGACCUUAAUGGAACUUCCUGGAUAACUAAAAGGUUAAACUAAUAAAAAGCGUCACUGUCUGUUCAUCCACCAGCUACAAUACUCAGCAGAACACCAGUGCAGUGUCCAACGACCGCAAUAAGAAACUGAUAAUCCCCAGCCAAAACAACGCUAUGCCACAGCAGGUAAUAACAGUGAAAUACCUUUAAAUUUAUACAGUAUCAUCUCAAUGUAGGGAUUGGUUUAUUUUUAUUUUUUGUGUUGCCUAUUAGCUAAUGCAUCGCUUUACAAUUUCCAGCCCAAGCGACCAAAGGGUGCUCCGCCCCCACCUGCUGCUAGCCAAUCAGGAGCCCCAGUCUAUGACUUCAGGGCAGCACGACAGGUAAUGGUGAUGUUUCUAGUGCUGUUUCCCUAGGUCUGGGAUUUCCGAGACUAAUAUCUAGACAACAAUAGUUAAAGGGAUGGUUCAUCAAAUGUUAAUGUUUGGAUCAAAUUCCUAUUACCUGGCUUAAGUUAAACAAUUGUAUUUAUCCUCCAGGCAUUGCGGCCCCCACCACCACGGGUCUGAUGUCGCCAUCGAGAGGAAACAGGAGGAUCACAAACCUUACCAAGACCUCAAAUGCAGGGCUGCAACUGCCAGGCCAGCCAGAGCUGAGUGC